AUGCAAGAAAUUAAUGUGCGUUUUAGUGAAGAUGCGAUAGAAUUGCUCAUGCUUAGUUCUGCCUUAAAUCCUCAAAAUGCAUCUGAGGCUUUGAGAAUACAAGAUAUAUGCAAAUUGGUUGGCAAGUUUUAUGCACAAGAUUUUACAAGUGAAGAAAAAGAGAGUUUGAAGAUGCAACUGAAACAUUAUGAGCAUAAUGUAGUCAAAGAGUCAGACUUCAAAACUCUUUCAACCAUUUCUGAGUUGUGUCAAUGGUUGGUAAAGGCUAAUAAAUCUGCUACAUACGACCUCAUUUUUAGAGUGAUCGUACUUGUGCUUACUCUUCCAGUUUCUACUGCUACUGCAGAACGAUCAUUCUCAGCUAUGAAUAUCGUCAAGACUAGGCUUUGA